AUGGAUGAUACUGCCAGCAGAAAGACCAAGAAGGAAUUGGAUGCCAUGAGAGCAUCCUCCAAUGUCUUCUCCAUGUUCAAGCAGACACAGAUCCAGGAGUUUAAAGAGGUGUUCACACUUAUCGACCAGGACAGAGAUGGGUUUAUUGACAAAGAUCUGAAGGAUACCUAUGAAUCUCCUGGUAAGCUGAAUGUGAAGAACAAUGAGCUAGAAGACAUGCUCAAAGAGGCUUGUAGUCCCAUCAACUUCACCAUGUUCCUCAACCUGUUUGGAGAGAAGCUGCAUGGAACAGAUCCAGAAGAGAUAAUUCUCAACACCUUCAGAAUGUUCAACCCUGACACUAAGGGUUAUGUUAAACAGAUGUUCCAAUCGCCUACCUUCGACCCAGCAGGAAACCUGGACUACAAAUCCCUCUGUUACAUCAUCACACGCGGAGAGGAACAGGAGGAGUAA